AUGGAGUCUAUGCUGCGACAGCUCGGCCUCCAGGAAUACUACAAGGAGAAGAUUUCCCUGAAUAGGCUCCUGCUGAUCGACCACAACGUCCUGAACGAUGGAGCAGUUCAAACCAGUGAAGACGCAGUGUGGUUCUUUUUGAAGAAACUCAUGAUGGUUAACGGAACUGCGAGAAAUGUAGACUUUACCGCACACACAGAACCCUGCUCUGAAGAGAUGGGGGUGAACAUUGCUGAUUUACUCGAGAACAUAUACUCUGGAGACGACAUCAGCCUUCACGACAUCGUCACAGCUCUCUUCCUCUGUUUCUGUAAAUGA